CUACGCACGAAAAGUGAUUCAGGGUGGAAGAAUCCGUGAUAGUCCGCAGGGGCAUCAUCUGCGUGGGGGUCAUCGAUGUGUGACCGGUGGGCCGGUCAGCGGAGAACACACGAUGUGUGCUUGAUUUCCAAAAGAAAGGCCUCGGCAGAAAUCAUUUUGACAAGCCAAUUGGCGGCACUUCUUCUGCUGCUAAUGCUACUAACAUGUUUUGGUUUCGACGGAUGAGGAUUGUGGUUCCUCCAUCAGGCUGCCAACAAUGACUCACACAAACACUACUGACCUUCUUUUUUGCUUACAUACAGUAUGUGGUCCGUGUGUUAUUGUCCUCAUCCAGCGCUUCAAAUCGAGUAUGAAGGAGGGCUGCCUCAUCAUGCCAAACCUAGACCAAUGAUAGGCCGGGGCUGAAUUCGACCUGCUGCUAUUUUUAGAUCUGAUGAGUAAGCGCGAUGGCGCCAACACGAGAUGAUAAGCUUUGGCUUUCUUUUCAGCUUGUUUGGUUAGAACGGCCCAAGCGGCACUUGCGAGUGAAAAGACGACAAGCGGAACACGAGAGGGGAAAAAAAGACAUUGCAAGAUGCAAAAUGACUGCGACAAGAAACUCAAACACGUGAGUUUCUGGCGAACUGGGAACUCCCUCUGUGGAAGUUCAACAUUUAUGUGAAAACGACACAAUCUGCUUUCAAUUAGCACACACGCACGCCGGUGGCGCUUUCACACAGUCAAGGACUCAACACUAUUGUGGGAAAACAAGGACUGGCUCUAAUACAGAGGACACCGAACACAAAUGUAGAACUUGCGCCGUUUGUGAUCUUUGCAGGGAGGUCAGAUAGCCGCUAUGUGGCACAGGGGAGGUGGCAAACAGAUCGUUAUACCUGCACUCGUGCAAAUGGACCAGAGCGAUAAACAUACCAAGGGAAGACACGUAAACAGCGUGCGAAUACACAAUACUAGUGAGAGUCUUCUUCGUGUACAUUUUCACGUUUCACCAAAUGCUUCCUUGUCAUCUUAACGCAAUCUACUUCCACCAACCAAUCAUCCACCACAAAUCACUGUGGCAACGGACACAACCGAGAGCGAUACAGUAAGGUAGAGAACGAGCCCUGCCGCGAAUAGCAAGGAAUUGGCGCCUUCCCGUAAAAUGUUGAGUUGAGAUAGUUUAAUACCACGACCUAUGAUCCCAAAAUAUUUGAUCAUUUCAAGCACAUCCCACAAAAUAAAUGGCUUACAGAUGAUUCGAUUUCCACUGCCGGCGUGUACAGUAUGUCACCCUUGCAACCUGUAAAAAUACCGAAUGUCAAGCAAUAACGAGACCUCUGUCGGUUCUUGGCAAAGAAAAAAAUUCUCAUGCAGCAAAGACGCCCUGUAACUUUGGCGAACAACCCAGGCUAAAAUGAGGUCCUCCCAGACAUUCAAAGACGUUAGAGCAGUCAGUAUGGGUCACUUUAAUAUACGUCCGUGACACAGUUAUUACUUUCCUAUUAGCCAGGGCUUUGACGCCAUCUUGGGCAAUAAAGAAGGAGCCGAAAAAUAUGCAAAGCUUUUCACCAAAUAGAUCAGGAUAGGCUCCACAGAAAUGUUUUUUUAUUUGUGAACAGCGAAACUUGAAUUUGCGGGAGCUGACUGUAUACAUGAGAGAUGUAACAAUUUCGUCAAAUACCGGACAAGAAAGAAAAGACCACAUUAAAAGCCGACACGGCUGCAGAAGCACGGAAACACUCAGGAAACACAAAUAUUAGUUGUACUAUCUGAUGAGCGCGCAAAUCCACAAUUGGUGGUCAGCAUGCCGCGGUUUGAAUUUGAGGCCGAUGGCGUUCUUUCCGUUGUACGAGUGCUGUGAAAGAGCUCGGUGUUCCACGCAGACGCCAACGGACGUGCCGAGCGACGGGUCCAUGUGGGCACAUGACAAGAAAUCACCCCCUCCAUGUUUAUCUGACCCCAAUGCUAAAAACGAGCGAGUCCGGAUUGAUGUGAGCACAGCAGAAUGCUCUUUUAAGAAAAAACACUCAUUUUAUUUUGAGUCCCAGUGGAGCGAAUGGGCAGCAAAGGUGUCCGACACGCACAUAUGCACAAAGACUGCGCCGCACCCAUUGGCAUCCUGCCCGACCUUGCUUGCUUCUCAAAAGUCACCUUGACUCACACUUGGGGAAUGUCCCUGCAAAAAUCACAGGACGCCCCUCCAGAGAAAAAGCUCAGAAAUCACAAUGAUUACGGUGUUGGCGUCUUCACUUCGGGUCUGUUGAAUGCUGGGGAUACGCCUCUCCAGUUGGUGGUCACACUCAAGUGCUCACGUUGGAGAGAGGAUGGAAAGCUUUCAAGUCCCCUGGUAGUGUGGGGGAAGCAGGCUGAAGAUGAGCCGCCCUGGCCGUCUCUGUCAUUUGAGUUCCUUGUGCUUCCACACCAGACGCAUUCAAGCAAGGUUUUAUGCACUGGGACACAGAAAAGGAAUUGCCCCAAAGUUGGAUGCUACAAUUGUAAUAACCUUCAGUCCAACCUCUGAACUUACAAAGACACUUCCUUCUACAUUGUCAAACUGUCCAAACAAGAAGGACAUAAAAAUGACAUCAUCUGUGUUUCUAUUUCUGUGCUUUCCCUGAAAAAUGAUUUUCUUUAUGAGAAAAGGUGUUUUGUGCAUUCUUGCUUCCUCCUCCCAAAUGUCAUGAAACUCAGUGGCAUAUUAAUCAUCAACCUGGCCACACAAACACACACACACACACACACACACACACACACACACACACAGAGAGAGAGAGAGCCAGCCAGCCCAGGCCUGUCAAGGGCAAGCAACAUAUUAAAGUAUUGGGUUGCAGCUCCCACUAAUCUGCAGGAGAAAUGUUCCUUCAUGUGCCUGCUUGUCGCUCCUCCUGGCAUCCUAGCCUUUUCCCAGCCAGGACGUACUUACGGAGUUGUCCUUCGCCUCGUCCCACAAUCGACUACCUUUUUCUUACCGAGCUGACGAGAGUGUGAAAAGUUGAACUGUCCUUCCUGUUUCUUUGCAGUUCACCUGCCUACGAGACGUGAGAGUCACUAAAUCCGUCGAGCCGUAAACCGGUGGGUAGCAGCUCCUUUUCACAGCUUGUAUUUACGAGCUUGGGGAGUGAAAGCUGACCCGUCGAGAUCCAGGAGUCCACAUGCCUUCCAAACAAAAGACGAAUGCGGAUGGCCCAAAAGCGGCAUGCCAAAAGCAGUACGCUGACUGAGUGGCAUACUGACACAGUGCCGUUAUUUGGGGCUGCACGAGGCGCCGGAAAGCUUUAGUUGCUUUUUGUAUUUGUUGUUUUUGCAGCUAGUGAGGUUCCAGAGGUUGCGGGAUCAGACACGCUGGUGUGGAGGGUUCAUGCUGGAAACCAAGUUGAAGGUUCAUUUGUUGAAUAAACAAGAGAGGGAAGGAGAAUGGUUUUGCCGUCGUCCUCCUACCUCCCUCAAGCACAAAGCUUGUAGACAAAGUAGGCAUCUGCUUUGUGCUGCAAUUCUUUGUCUUCUUAGUUGGCAUACGUCCGUUCCGCCAGAAAGCAAAGCACCACAGGCCUGUGCCGUCUUAAAUGGGAAGGAACAAGAGUGCAAAGAAUAAAUGGGUGCCACAUGCUCAGGAAGUCCUGUUCAAUGAGGUCAAGACCCUUCAAUAACGGCCCAAGUCUUGGUAUCGGGAGGGCCCCGAAUCACAGAAUCAAGUAUUACCCCCGUGAGCAGAGACGCCUCAGUCUGAUCUCUUAGCUGCAGCAUUAUUACUAUUUGGUGAGACAUGCUUCUUCAUCAGUUUGAUCGGCUAAUAGGCAAGAGACACGAGAGCGGACUCUCAGAAAAACGACACCGUGCAAGACAGUCUGCCAUCUAAGACCGAUUGCCUGGCUCUUUGCUUUUUCUCCGGCCGAGACGAUCCAGACAUGGAGAACAAGUAGGAAGUUUGAUGGUGAGCUAUGAGAAGCUGGAGCUCAUUCCAGAUGCUGAAUUGAUGAAAUGCAGACAUGAUGCCUUGGAACCAUCCAUCCAUCCAUUUUCUGAGCCGCUUCUCUUCACUAGGGUCGCGGGCAUGCCGGAACCUAUCCCAGCGGUCAUCGGCCAGGAGGGUUAGUACACCCCGAACUGGUUGCCAGCCAAUCGCAGGGCACAUACAAACAAACAACCAUUCACACUCACAGUCACACCUACGGGCAAUUUAGAGUCUCCAAUUAAUGCAUGUUUUUGGGAUGUGGGAGGAAACCCACGCAGCCACGGGGAGAACAUGCAAACUCCACACAGGCGGGGCCGGGGAUUGAACUCGGCUGACGCUCUAACCAGUCGGCCACCUGGUUUCUAAACUUUGAGGAGUUGAUGACGUCUGACCAUUUGCUGGCUUUGGUCAGGCUCGGAUGACCUGGAAGGAGUCGAACCCAGACCUGGAAGGAGUCGAAGCCAGACGGCGUUCACAUCCACGCACGCCGGAGGUCAGCUUCGUCUUUUGGGCAAUGGCGGCCCACAAGAGGAUGAAAAGCUCAUUUGUUAGCCCAAAAACAAAUGUGCUGCCAAUUUCCUCCUUUUUCCUCACGGGUGAGGAGGCAAUUUUCUGCUCUCGGGACCUGAGGAACGCAAAGCCCAGACCGACACGCUCGGCCGAGCGAGACCGUAGACUGCACAAACAUGUGAAGGAGGCCACAACGUCUGCCAGUUGGGGGAGACUGCAACAGUGUGCACAAGACGGGACUCUGGUGACUGAGAACAUCAUCUCCAAACAAACCUUUAUGGUGGCCAGGACCAUGCCUCGCCCUUUCAACAACUCGGGGUCAAAGUUCCUGAGCUCAGUGGUGCAAAGGCCUUCGGCCCACUUGACCCUGCGGGACACCAGUUCACAAGGGUACCCUCAGCCGGGACUGCACCAGUCCUGCCGCCACGUGGUGCGCUCGUGGGCCAAUCGGAGCUUGGGCGCCCACCUGCACAACAUGACCUUGAGCAAUGGCAAGCUGCGAGUUCCCCAGGACGGCCGCUACUACCUGUACUCGCAGGUGUACUUCCGCUACCCGUCGCCCGCCAGCGGCGACGCGGACCAGCGCAGUGUCAGCCACCAGCUGGUGCAGUGCGUCUACAAGAAGACCUCCUACCCGAGCCCAAUACAGCUUCUCAAGGGGGUGGGCACCAAGUGCUGGGCGCCGGACGCAGAGUACGCUCUCCACUCAGUCUACCAAGGGGGACUCUUUGAGCUAAGGGCCGGUGACGAACUCUUUGUCUCCGUCUCGUCGCCAACUAUGCUCAACGCUGACGAUUCCUCCAGCUACUUUGGCGCCUUCAGACUGGACCUCUGAGCACCGGGGUUAACGGUGGAGCCUGUAGAACCCGCUAACCGGAGAAGGACUGAGGCCCGGAGGUUGAGUUUCCCGGUUUGCUCGGAAGGAUACGUGGAACCACUCGACAAGCGAGGAACUCGACAUGAGCAUAAAGGAGGGACAAAGUCCCAACAACUCUUUGAGCCAAAGCAAACCAGAAGAAACGAGGCUGCUGAUGAACAUGUUUUGAUCCUCCAGGAAGGAUUUCUUUUUUUGCGGCGCAAUAAUGAAUCUGCUGCUGGUCUUGCUCGGGGAUCCUUAGAUAUGGACUCCAGACCAAAGAAUGUACAGACAAUAAAACGAAGGAAAGCGGAGCAGAAA